GGCACCACGUGAGGAACCACAUGAAGAGGUGCUCUGAUUCAACUCCGAUAAACGGGAGAGGGCAUCAUAAUUCAUUCACAUAUCUCAUGUGACUGUCUGAUUGUGGACCACCAAAAGGGCCGCCGCCGCCGCUGCUGCUGCUGAUGGUUUUAACGGUUUGCGUGUGUGUGUGUGUCUGUGGAAGGAUUGACUUCUCCUUCCGCCAGUCUCGAUGCCAGCGGUGAUUGGUGAGACAGUAGGGGAAACACGCAGUCCUCCUGGUCGUCUUGUCGGCUUAGAGAGCCGGGGUACUUUCACGGAUUUGAUCAACAUGGCUUGGAGUGUAGGGAGCACACGGUCGUUUUAUCGACCAAUCCAUUAUUUAAACUAAGGCUGGAACUGUUUCUGACCCGAAGACUCAGAGGAAAAGAAAAGGUGAUGACCUGGAUGGUGCCAUGUGAAUGACUGAAGACCAUGAAGCCCACACACUUUCUGCUGUUCGUCCUGUGCACCAUGCUGGUCUUGGGCUUUAUUUGCUACUCCUCCUUGAAGCUACAUCUACCUGUAUGGGCCCAGAAGUCUCAGAAUGAUGCAGAAGAGACAACUGUAGUCCUGGCUAAAGGGGCUGGACUGAAAAGAAAUACAGAGGUGGAACCGGACAACAACGUGGGACGAAUAGUAGGCUCAGUGUAUGACAAGCAGGGCUUUCUGCUGCAGCUGGACACAAAACUGCCACAGGAUUUGAGAUUCAAGUAUGACAACCUCAGCGAAGGAAUGUGCAAGCCAGGAUAUGCAGCAGCCAAGAUGGCCACCAUCUAUCCCAAGUUCAAGAAAAUAGGGCCCAUGUUUCUUGAUCGGACCUUCAAACGUCUAGAAAAAGUUAGCAGUUAUUUACCUCCAUUUGGUUUUAAAACGCAAGAGAGAAUCAUCGACAACAUUUUAAGUGCCACCAAAAAUUACGGACUUGGAGACGAGCUGGACAAUCUCAACUGUAAAAAAUGCAUCAUCGUGGGCAAUGGGGGUAUCCUGUUCAACAAGUCUCUGGGCUCCCGUAUAGAUGACUAUGAUGUUGUAGUGAGGUUGAAUGAAGCACCAGUAAGCGGCUAUGGCAAAGACGUUGGGACCAAAACCACCAUGAGAAUCACCUAUCCAGAGGGAGCGAUCCAGAAGCCUGAAAACUAUGAAAAAGAUUCCCUUUUUGUUUUUUCUGCUUUCAAACCACAGGAUUUCAAGUGGCUCAAACAGAUGGUCUUCGGGGAGAAACUGAGGGGUACAGAGGGGUUUUGGAAGUCAGUGGCUCACUAUGUGCCUCGGAAGCCGAGCGAGAUGAGAAUCCUGAAUCCCUACUUCAUCCAGGAAGCUGCCUUCCAGUUCAUUGGCCUGCCCUUCAACAAUGGCCUCAUGGGCAAAGGGAACAUUCCAACUUUAGGAACAGUCGCUAUAACGAUGGCACUGCAUAACUGUGAUGAGGUGGCGGUGGCAGGUUUCGGCUAUGACAUGAAUACUCCCCACGCACCUCUUCACUACUAUGAGACUGUCAAGAUGUCUGCCAUUAAAGAGUCAUGGACACACAACAUUUCCAAGGAGAAGGAGUUCCUCCGCAAGCUGGUGAAGGGCAGCGUCAUCACAGACCUGACCAAUGGCAUCUGAGUUUACAACCCACCCGCAGUCUCCCUCUGCCUUUCCCAAAGGACUACAAAACUGGAAGCUGGGAUAUGGCUCAACCCGGGGAGAAAGAACCCAUAGAAUCUGGGUGGCCUGCACACUGCCGGGGUUUUUAUAUCAGAGGAGAUUAUUUAAAAUACUGGAGGGUUUCUGUGGGGAGAUGCACACAUGUGCCUUCUGAACCAAAGACUUGGGGUGGCGAGGUGCCCUGAGGAGGACUGGAUCUGCUUGGUUACUGUCUCAUCAUAGGACAGUCGCAGAAAAGCUCCGCCAGCCCCACCCUUUGACGUUUACCACUGUAAACCCCCAAGAGUCGCAAGAUUUCAUAGUAAGAGCAGAGGUGACAUCUUGACAUGCAGGGGUUUAGCGUGACUUGAUGAAGGGACAGAAAGACAGAAAGGAGUGAAAAGAGGACUGUCACAGAGAUUGUGCAGGAAUGGGUCGAGUAUUAGCAGUGCCAAACGUACCUCGUACAGGGGAGAGGUCGCACUCCUCUCCUUAUGCUGCCUGAAUGUAUUCAUUUUCCUCAGUGUAAAUAUCAAAGAUUUUUACUGUGCUUUUUAUCAAGCUGCAGCGGCCCCUGCACCCCCCACCCACCCCCACUUCCACCUGCCAUUUGUCCUUUCAUUCAUUCACUUUUUUUUUAAACUAUCUGUGCAGGAUCCAAAAUUAACACUUAACAAUUGACAGCAGCUAAAUCAGAGAGAGAGUCACCUGCCACACACUGGUGUCACUUUAAUACACUAACAUUAAUGUUUAAUGUUGUGACUCAGUAACCAGGUGCUUGUUAAGCUGGCUCUACACAGAGUGGUUCGUAGUGUUUUUCUCGUGACUGGGUAGUUAGUUAUCACCGUGUUACUGCUCACAUCAGGCGAGAGGCCAGCAGAAACAAAAAAAAUGAACAACUAAUACAAACAAAUCACUUGAAAGUGUUCAGUUAAAACUCGAUUUAAUUGAACACUUGAUUUUAGUUUUUAAGAUUUUCUACACUACAUUCCAUUGAAAGCAUGCAUUAGGACAAAGCUAUGGUCAUUAUUUUGGUUGAUCCAAAUAAUUUUGGACUUUUAUUUUCUUAAGUUAGGCAGCCUUAGCAGGUGAACCCUGAAGUAAAAUUUGGACACUGCAUCUCUCUCCUCCUCUUCUUCCUCCUCGUUGUCUCUUUGUAAAUCCUUCCUCCUUUCGGUUCAUACAUGUCACGGUACUGUCUUCAUCACUUCAUCAGCUGUUAGCCUUGAAGCAGAGGCAUACAGCACUGUAAUAACAUGUCCUGGUCAAGAGCAGAGGCUGUAUGUCGCUUCCCUUUCCCAACUUCCUGUUGCUGCAGACGUUCUUGUUCUUCAGUAAAUGGUGAAUCUCGGAUUGUAGAAUAUAAAUAUAUAUAUUUUGUUUUUAGGUUAAUUUUAAUAAUUUAUUUUGUUACAGAGUCCCAAUGUUUUGGUCACAGGCAGGCCUGCUUUCCAUUGUUUUUAUUCAGAGAAAACACAAAAGUUUGAAUUUGUGUUGUGAUUUCACCACCAUGUGCUUCCUCAGUGACUGCAUCUUUUAAGUUUGUGGCAGUAGAAAUGUGACAGCAUCCACUGAUGAAUCUGUUUUUUGUUUUUUGUUUUUUAUUGGCUUAGUGUUAAAUGUUAGUAGGCCUUUAUUUCUGGCUAUCAUUCAUCUUACAUUUACAAGUCAUUUCAUAAAAUUUGUUAAAAGCUGUGAGGUGAUAAUUGCCAGGCUCAGUCAUAAAUUAACAUCACGUGCUGAUCAGAUCUUUGCACUUUCCAGAUGGCGAUUUUGCCACGUGUUAUUCAGUAUUUAUUUACUGCUUAAGAGACAGUAGAAACUGUUACUAAGUGUUACACAAUCAAAGGUUGGGCUUCUCUUUUUCUUCCUUCCUUCAAAAAAAAAAGUGUUAGAAUUUAAGAUUGUCACCUUUUCUCAUCAUUUUAUCAUCAAAUUGUGAUUUAUUUAGUGAUGGUGCAUUUUAAAAAGUUUUUUUUUUUUCUUUUGGUGAAACAACAAUUCAACACAGUUUUCACCUAUUUAAUGUCACUACUUUCUCUUUGGAAGUGCAAGUAUAUUUACUGUACGGUGUACUCAUACAGGUUCACUUCCAGUACACUGCUGUUGCUACAUCUGUUACAUCGCUCCAUCACAUGCUCCUUUUCUUGAUUACGUUUCCACAAACACUGCGGGGAUCGUGCAGCCGCAUGUCCUACCCAGUCCCUUCAGAACAGUUUCACUGGGUUUGAAGGAAUGGAUCAUUAUUUUGGAAAACUAGGCCUUUUUUGGGACUGUGUUGGGGUUUUUUUUUUUUUGAGAGAGCUAGUGUACAGGGAACAGCUGACCAUUGCACUAUCAUGAGGCGCGCUCAGUGCCUUACACCUCAUCACCUGGAAACUGUAGCACGGAGUUUGACGCAGGAAAGUAUCCACAGCUGAUUUGGUAUGUAGGAUCAGUUCCAAGUCAGGACAGGUCACUCCACACACAUCAGUUGGGGCCAGUCCAUUCCAUAUCUGUACUGUAUGUACCUUAUAAACAGUGUAGGGAGGUUUAAAGGGCCGUACUGGUGUUGCUAUGUUUUAGCCCAUAAACUACAUGUUGACCAGUGUAUUUCAAAUGGUGGCUUCUGAACAACAGCUGUUUUAAUGCAGGAAAUGACUAAAUUCACUUCACUCAUUUUAUAGAUGCAUUGUUGCUUAUUGUUUGUUCGCAACGUAGCUCAUCAAUACUCUGGUUUCCGGCAGCUGACUAUUAAAGGGGCACCGUGCAAAUUUUACCCAAAAAGAGAAGUGUUGCAGUGGAUCCAGUGUUAAAUUAAUCCACACUAGGGACUAAUUCUCAGGACAUUUCAACCUGUUGUGCUCCGAUUUUGAUCAGCCUUUGUUUUUUUAAUCUGUCUCUUGUCCAUCCCUGAGCUUUAUGGAGCACCGCUUUAAUGCUUGAAUGAUAGAACAUCCUUUAACGCCCCAGCAAGGAGAGUUUGAAAAUGGUCCCUGCUCACUGCCACAGCACCAUGUCAUGAUAACUGUAUAUAUACUGAAAUAUUUUGAAACCAGUGUGUGCAGUGUAAAGGCAGAUAUGUGAUCUAGAAUCUAUAUAGUACGUUGGGGGAAAAUGGUCAUUAAUAAUUUCAAAUAUGUGCAAUAUGUUCUCAGCGGGCUAAAACACAUCAAGCCACCAGUAUGGUCUAUAGAGCUUUGAGACUAAGCAGAUGCUUAGUUGAAAUGAAAUGAACCCUUUCUCUUUUCUGUUUUUUUUUUCCCUUACAGUAGGUUUUGAAUCUUUACGAAUGCUGGAGGAGUUCAAAUUGAAACUGAAAUUCAAAUUGGACCCAAGUCGUCUCAUCUAAUGACAUUUCAUUACAAAGCAGAAUGUAUUAGCUCAUAUUUAUAAUGCUUUUUUUUAUAAUGAUUUUUUUUUUUAAACAUUCCAUCAUCAGUGGGAAGUCAACGUGAUCGAAAGUAUUACAGUUUGUUUUCAUUUUCAUAAAUGGCUUUCUGCAACUCAAUAAAUAAGUUUGUAAUGCA